UAUUUGAUGGAAAAGCCAUAGUUACAUUUACAAUAUAAUCAUCACACAUCUGCACAUUAACACUAUUUGCAGUGAGCAAAAUUUGUACCCAGUGAAUGGUGUGUGUUUUGUGUGAGUCCAUUUACUGUGUGUACAUUUCUCAGACGCCAGUGUAUGGUAUUUUCUUUUCGAGCAUAUAUUUCAUUUCAUUAUUGUUUAUCGUGGUAAAGAAUUCAGACGACAACAAAAAAAUGUUCAUCAAACAAAGCAGUUCUUUUAUUGGAAAAUCGGCAUUGAUGUUGACCAUGUCAUCAUGUCGAACGAAUUUGAUUCCAGUGGCCCGUUUUCAUCAUAAGAUGAUGAUUAAAAAUCAUUCGGCAUCAAUUUUGGCUAUUCGUUCGAAUACAUUAUUGAAUGGUCAACAAUAUCGAUUGUUUGCCGAUGCAACACCAAAUGAAACGGAAAAAUUAUUUGAAAAAGCUAAAACUCUUGUUGAUGAUAAAUUGAAAAGUGAAAUUAACGCUACAAUGGUUUUCUGUAUAUCUGGUAAAAAUAUUCUGUUCGAUGCAAACAAAGAUAGGCCAUUAAAAAUUGAAGUAUGUACUGGUGAUCCACCUAAAUCUGAUGUCACCUUUAUUGCUGAGGAUAAAGUUUUCAUGAAAUUGGCCAAAGGUGAAAUGAAAUCAACAAUGGCUUUUAUGACUGGUAAAUUGAAGAUUAAAGGUGAUAUAAAAUUGGCACAACGUGCUGAAAAGAUGUUCAAAGCAAUGCAAAAUGAAGUUGCUUUCGCUGCAAAAACGGUUUUCGUAACCGGUGGUUCACGUGGAAUCGGUAAAGCUAUUGCAUUGAAAAUGGCUAAAGAUGGUUGUAAUGUUAUCAUCGCUGCCAAAACUACUGAUCCACAUCCAAAACUUGAGGGUACAAUCUUUACAGCUGCUAAAGAAAUUGAAAAUAAUGGUGGAAAUUGUUUACCUGUUCAAUGUGAUUUACGUGAUGAAGAAAAUGUAAUUCGUGCUAUCAAUCAAGCUGUCGAUAAAUUUGGUAAAAUUGAUGUACUUGUUAAUAAUGCUAGCGCAAUCAGUUUGACCGGUACAGAAGAAACGACAAUGAAAAAAUAUGAUCUUAUGAAUCAGAUUAAUGCACGUGGAACGUUUAUGGCUUCUAAAUAUUGUAUACCACAUUUGAAACAAUCAUCGAAUCCACAUAUUCUUAAUUUAAGUCCACCAUUAGAGAUGAAAUCACGAUGGUUCGCACCACAUGUUGCCUAUUCGAUGGCAAAAUUUGGUAUGUCAUUAUGUGUUCUAGGUAUGGCCGAAGAAUUCAAAGAUUCAGGUAUCGCUGUCAAUGCUUUAUGGCCUCGUACGGCCAUCUGGACAGCCGCUAUGGGUAUGCUUAGUGGUGGACAACAAGAAAUAGCCAAAAUGUGCCGUAAAAUUGAUAUUAUGGCUGAUGCUGCCUAUGCUAUAACAUCGAGAGAUUCAAAAUCUUGUUCAGGAAAUUUUUUCAUUGAUGAAGAAGUUCUUCGCGAUGAAGGUAUUACCGAUUUUGAUCCAUAUGCAAUCGAACCGGGUACACAAUUGAUGGGUGAUUUUUUCAUACCCGAACGAUUAAUGGAAGGUCUUGCAGGUUUGGCUGGUACAAGUGAAGAAGGUAAAACAUCAAUGACUGAUAAUUCGUCAUCAUCAUCCGAUCGUAUAAUGGAAGUUUUGAAUCAGGCCAGAUCAAAAAUGACCGAUAAGAUUAAAGAUGAAAUUAAUGCCGUGCUUGUGUUCGUCGUAUCUGGUCGUACAUAUUUAUUUGAUUCACAUUCAACAAGGCCAUUAAAAAUUGAACCAUUACAACAGGCACCCGAUGAAUGUGAUGUACAAAUGAUUACCGAUGAAGAAACAUUUAUUCAGAUGGCAAUGGGUAAAAUCAAACCGACCAAUGCAUUCAUGUCGGGAAAAUUGAAAAUUAAAGGCAAUCUUCAAUUGGCAAUAAAAGCGGAGAAAAUAUUCAAAGCUGUCAACGAUUCAUAAUAAUAAUUGAUUUUUCAUUUUGAAAUCUAAAUUUUUUUUCCAUACAAUCAAAUGAUUUUACAUAAAUAA